AUGGCUUCCCACCAGGCCGGCGAGACCAAGGCCCGCACCGAGGAGAAGACUGGGCAGGCCAUGGGGGCGACCAAGGACACGGCGCAGCACGCCAAGGAGAGCACCAAGCAGAAGCCGUCCGACACCGGCAGCUACCUGGGCCAGACGACGGAGGCCACCAAGCAGAAGGCCGCGGAGGCCACGGAGGCCGCCAAGCAGAAGGCCGCGGAGACGACGGAGGCCGCCAAGCAGAAGGCCGCGGAGACGACGGAGGCCGCCAAGCAGAAGGCCGCCGAGGCCACGGAGGCCGCCAAGCAGAAGGCCGCCCCAGCAGGUUUCUCAUGGCUUCUCUUGUGCUUCGAUUCCCAGGCCACUGAGCAGGUGAAGAGCGCGGCGGCGGGCGCCAAGGACGCGGUGAUGAACACGCUGGGGAUGGGUGGGGACAACAGCAAGCAGGGCGACACCAACACCAACAACAGCAAGGACUCCACCACCAUCACCAGGGAUCACUAG